ACAGUGGGAGCGGGCCCGCGGCGCUCCCGGCCAGGCCGCAGGGGGCGGUCCGGGCCCGGCGCGUCUCUCCCGGGCGCAGGCGCCGCCGUGGGCCCGCGGUGGAGGGCAGCUCGCCCCGGGACGGCGGCUCCAUGCGCUGCCAGGUCUCGGUGCUGUAUUUCGCCAGGAGCGCAGAGCUGGCGGGGCUGCGCUGCGAGACCCUCUCGGUGCCACGGGAGAUCACCUCUCUGCAGCUCUGGGAGGAGAUCGUCAAGGUCCACCCCAGGCUUGCUCUCCUCCGGGAUCAAGUGGUAUUUGCUGUUCGUCAGGAGUACGUGCUUCUUGGAGAUCAGCUCCUGGUCCUGCAGCCUGGAGACGAGGUUGCCAUCAUCCCACCAAUUAGUGGAGGCUGAACCUGCCCAGGUUCUGUUAGGUCUGAAGAUAUGAUUGCAAUUCUCCCUCCACCCCAGUACUCUUGAGAAAACCCAAAUUGUGUUUCCGUCUGGUGAUCUGAUGACUGGCUUCUACUCAGAUAAGUUAAAAGUGUGUUCUGUGUGUCUGUAACAGACUGAUAGUAUGAGGUCCUGAAUGUGCUGGAGAGCAUACUCAACUUUAGCUUUAGAACUAUUAACUUAAUUAGAAAUAUUAAUGCAAUAAAACCAAGUCAUUGCUUGUUAUUUACAGUUAAUAUUCUCUCAGUGAGGCUGCUGAGAAGUGAAUUUCACAUGUAGACUAGUCUCUUGGGCAAAUAGAUAGUGCCUGUGUUGUGCAUAAAUUGGGGCAUGAGCACUGGAUAAAAAGCAGUUGGCUGAUACUAGUAUCUCCAGGAACAACAGGUAGGUAUCACUUUGCUGAUACCUCCUUGAGGAGAUGGAAGCUCUCUCAGAAUAAAUAAUCAAGGACUCAGAAUUUGCUGCUUAGGACUGGACUGAAGUUGGGUAAUCCAGUCUGUCCUUAAGAUCUGUUAGUAGUGUAUUUAGUAUAUCAAUGUAAUUUUAUUUUAAUAUUGACAUUUUGUUACAUCUAAAUUCUUGUCUGAAAAUGAUGGUAGGUAGGUUAAUUACAGCAGGUUAAUGUAGCAGCAUGAAUGCUGUGUACUCUACAGCCAUUACAUAAUUUCUUCUAGAUCUCUCUGUGAAUUGACUUCAGCUUAGGUAGGCCCUUCUAAAUUCAGUGGGGAUCAGCCUGGGGUUCAGCCAAGUCCAUAUGUUUUAAGGGUGCUGCCCUCUCUUCUGCUUGGCAGCCAAGUGCUGUGCAGUCCUGAUGUAAUCAGUAAAUAAUAGUGGGAUGGCUAUUUGAGUUGUUUGGCCUGGUUUGUAGCUGUAUGUAGCAGACUCACAACAUUUCCCAUUCUUUGUUUAUAUUACAGGAGAUUUAUGAGGAUGAAUAUUCUUGGAAAGAAAACAAGGAAUGCUUUUGGGCAAAUUCAGAAAAAUAAUUGUACUCUUUUGAAAAUAAAGUGUUACUCUUCCUAAUGAGCA